CCACUUGGGAGCCAUGGAAGACCAGAGCACAGAAAACACACAUCACAGCUCAAGUCAAACUCCAGACCCCCUUCUUCAGGCUUUACAGAGCUUAAACAAGUCGCGUUAUGCCCGACUCCAUCACACGUCUUCUUCCACAUGAUGAACCUCUAUAAGAGUCCGACUUCAAGGUUGGAGAAGACACACCAACCGGUGAGAACGAGAUGGAGGUGAGAAAAGGGGCGUGGACUGUGGAAGAAGACCUGUUGCUGAUGAACUACAUCGCUAGCCAUGGCGAGGGCCAAUGGAAUUCGCUCGCUCGCUGUGCAGGUCUGAGGAGAACAGGCAAGAGCUGCCGGCUCCGGUGGCUCAAUUAUCUCCGCCCGGACGUCCGCCGCGGCAACAUCACUCCCGAAGAGCAGCUCCUCAUCCUCGAGCUCCACUCUCGCUGGGGGAACCGGUGGUCGAAGAUAGCGCAGUGCUUGCCGGGGAGGACGGACAACGAGAUCAAGAACUACUGGAGAACGAGGGUGGAGAAGCAAGCGAAGCAGCUCCGGUGCGACGUUGACAGCCAGCGGUUCAAGGACAUGGUGAGGUACAUGUGGAUGCCUCGACUUGCCGAGAGGAUCCUCGCGUCUUCCGGCGGCAGCUCUGCCCCAUUGGCCUGUGAGCGACCGGCAGAGGGAAGCGUUGAGGUCGGUCAGACUUCCGAGACACAGUACGCGUCAGUUUCAGCGACCGGCGGCACCGCCAGCAGCACGCAGGCGUGCGAUGUUGUGACAGCUUCAGAGAGCGUACCGAGUCCCGGAGCUUGUGAUGGCUUGGGGUCACUGGAUUGGGAAGAGAGCUUGUGGAGCAUGGUGGAGGUUUGGUCGCAGCAAGAGCUUUAGAAGGAAGGAGAGAAAGGAAGUAAUUGUGAAGACAGAAGAGACAGCAUGGAUUUGGAAGAAGAAGAAGUUAUUGAUUCAUCCAAUCAUCAUCUCAAUCUUUCACAUAUAUGUGCUCGAUAUCCCCUCUAAACAUAGUCUCCAUACAUGCAUUAGUCGACUUAUUGCGGUGAAAUCUCUACCGAAAUGCAAACUCUCUACUCAUGAGCUUUAACGAUCAAGAAUAGAUGUUGCUUCUGAUAUAAGUCGAUGCAGUAGUCAGUGGAGGACACCAGCGAUUCAAAGAAAUUACACAAAUUGCAAUUCAAAGGAAAGCUCUGUUUUCCUUGUCUUAUUCAAA